AUGAUAUCCUAGUAUUUUGACAAUCUAGAAGAAUUUAUAAAAUCUUCUCUUUAAUCUCAUUAGGUUCUCCACAUUGCUCUGAGGUAUAGUUAAAUGGGUGAUGAUAAUGCUUCACGUUUAGGUUCUGGUUUAGGAAAGUGCAUUAAUCUCUCAAAUGUGACUCUUGAUCUUAGUCACAAUUAAAUUGGUGCAAUUGGCACAUUAGACUUAAGUUCUGCUUUAGUAAAAUGCACUAAUCUCUCAAAUUUGACUCUUGAUCUUAGAUCUAAUCAAAUUAAUAAUGAAGGUGCUUUAGGCUUAAGUUCUGAUAUAGGAAAGUGUACUAAUCUAUUAAAUUUGACACUUGAUAUUGGGUAUAAUUAAAUUGGUGAUGAAAGUGCAUCAGGCUUAGGUUCUGGUUUAGGAAAGUGUAUUAAUCUCUCAAAUUUAACGCUUUUUCUUGAUUGGAAUACUAUUGGUGAUGAAGGUAUUAUAGGCCUAGGUUCGGAUUUUGAAAAGUACACUAAACUCUAAAAUUUGACACUUGAUCUUGGGUCUAAUUAUAUUGGCGAUGAGGGUGCUUCUGGCUUAGUUUAUGGUUUAGGAAAAUGCACUAAUCUCUCAAAAUUAACGCUUUAUCUUUGUGGUAACGAAAUUAAUUAAGAAUAAUAAUUGAAAGUAAAGUGUCUCAAAUCAAAAAGAUUAGUUGCCUUACAAUUAGAAAUUUGGUGA